AUGAUUGUUAUGGGUGCAGAAAUCUCUUGGAAUCAGAUUUAUAAAGGAAUCCGAAAACCCGUUGGUCCAGCUAUUGGUCUCUUUUGCCAAUUUGUUAUAAUGCCAUUGAUUGGAUUUAUUUAUAACGUUAUAUUUCAAUUCGAAUCGAGUCUAGCGACUGGUUUGCUUAUUAUAUCAUGUUGCCCCGGAGGUGCUGUUUCUAACGUCUUUACAUAUUAUUUGGAUGGCGAUGUUACUCUCAGUGUGACUAUGACUACAAUAUCUAUUGUAGCAUCCCUAGGCUUGAUACCUUUGAACCUUUGGAUAUAUGCAAGUAAUACAGAAGCUAAGAACUUAAAAGUACCUUAUGAAAAUAUUGCAUUAUCACUAUUAAUGAUUGUUCCUCCCUUGAUUUUGGGUAUGAUAAUAAAAUGGAAAGCUCCUAAAUUGUCUUCUUAUGUAACUAAGUGGGGAAGUGCAACAAUUAUGAUAAUGAUUAUAAUUUUCGUGACAAUGGAGAUAAUUUCCUCUCAACAUAUAUUUAGUAUAGUAUCGUGGAAGGUUAUUAUAACCUCUUUAUUAUCUCCCAUAACUGGAAUUAUAACUGGAUAUGUCAUAGCUUUCGUCAGUAGAAACUCCAAAGCAGCCUGCACUGCAAUAGCUAUUGAUAGCGGGAUUCAGAAUUUUUCUGUUGCAUUAGGCAUUAUUGUUUUAUCCUUUGAUACCUCG